AUGACCGCCACUCCUGAACUUCGACACGCCUCCCGGCGGUUUGACUUCGAGGCGCAUCCGCUACCCGCCGGCAACGCGCCGCGCAAAGUCAAAGAGGAUGUCAUGAAUCUGUACUUCACAGUCGUACGGGCAGACGACUACGAGUUCGCUCAAUCAGUCGUACGACGCAUGGCCAUCACGGAGGUAUCUCUGGUAUCCAAAAGCGAAGCGCCCAGCCGAACGGAGUCCAGAGUGGUAUGCGAGUUGCCCGUUGCAUCUGACAUGGCCAAUGCCGGGCGCAUUAUGCAUGGCGGUUGUACUGCUUAUCUUGUAGACGUGUGCUCGACCCUUGCACUCGCCACGGCCGGCGCUUCGGCCUACAGCAACGUCACGCAGUCCUUGAAUGUCGUGUAUCAUGCUCCGGCGCCGGUCGGACACCGUAUCAGGGUGGUCAACUGGUCCAUUGCGGUUGGGAGUCGGAUUAUGUCGGCUCGAACUGAGAUCUGGGACAUAGACGACGAACGACUCGUUGCCACUGGCACGCAUAUCAAAAUGAAACCGUCGCGAACGCGGUUAUAG